AUUGGUGAUAUAGGAUUGAAGCAUAUGGAAUUCAUACCUGACAUUAUACCUGUUUUGAUAACUGUAUUAAAAGAUGGAACACCAGCUGUUGCUCGACAAACCAUCACUUGUGGAAUUGAUCUAUUUUGUUCCACUCUUGUAAAAGUUGCAAUUCAGGGUUUGUACUCUAGUGAGUUGGACAAUUCACUUGAAUCAUCAUGGGCAUGGGUGCUGAAGUUCAGGGAUGAAAUAUACUUGAUAGCUUUCCAGCUUGGGAGUGAUGGGACAAGGUUGCUAGCACUGAAGUUUGUUGAAGCAGUUAUUCUUCUUUAUACUCCCGAUCCUAGUGGCUCUUCAGAGCCACCUCCUCAUCAAGCCUUUGAAGGAAAGUUUCUAGAGUUUAAUAUAUCAUGGCUUUGUGGAGGUCAUCCUGUACUCAAUGUUGGAGAUUUAUCAAUUGAAGCGAGUCAAGGUCUGGGUCUACUGCUUGAUCAGCUUCGGUUCCCAACAGUGAAGUCUCUUAGUAACUCUAUGAUCAUUGUGGUCAUCAAUAGAUAUUUUCGGAGUAGGAGUUUGCUUCUUGUGGAUCUCAUGCCUGUGAAGAAUGUUACUAAUUUUUGUUUUUGUACCACGGAGAAUGCUGAGGAAAACUUUUAAUUUUGAUUUAUGCUAUUUUGAAUUAUAAAUAACAUUAUGUAUUUAAACAUUAUAUGUGUAUAUUAUGGAACAUUAUGUAUUGGGUUUAUUUUGUUCAUGUACAGUUAUGAAUGUAAGAAUAUGUUUAUUAUGGAGAAAUUAUUAUUUAUAUACAGGA